CGGGGAGGGAUUGCGUCUCUUUUCACCGGGAAUUCUCGACCCCUGAUCCAUCUCUCCGUCCGUCUUCCGUCUUUCGCCUCAAAGUCUCGAGCCAGUGCGAAUUAUUUUGGCUACUACAGUGACGGGCAGCCAAUCAGUGGGGAGUCAUGCAGUUGCCUUUCGAUAGUCUCUGCUGCAAUUGUUCUGCAGGAUGGUGGCACAGGGUCGGCUAAGCGGCCUUGGGAGCAUUGGGGCUGGCGCGGGCGCAGCUCGUCCCUUCUUUCGUCUGACUGCAUCAUGCAGUUGUGAUCACGUACCCACACCACCCUCGGUCGUGCCCGCACUCCAUUCAUUGCGUCUCGCAAGGCUGUGGGAGUGGGUGCCGGUCGAAUUUGUAUGGCUGUAUGCCCGUGUCUUCUUGCUUUGUUCGCUUGCGAUGCUCCAACGAGCAACACCGCACCCUGGGUUGCUGUGAACAACAUUAGCAGGAAAGCUUCGGCAACCACAAUGUCCAGGUUCAGCAAGACGUACUUCGCCAUCCCCACCACCAUUUACCAGCCGGACGACUUGAUCCAGUUGGGACAGGUGAUAAAGGACCCGACCCUCCCGUUUGAGCGCUUGGCGCCUCCGCCCAAGCUCGAAGGCGCACUCAAGCCCAGGAUAUCCUCGCUCAAGGAGUGUGUCGUCACGAGCCAGAAGACCAGGGCCGUGUCGGUCGGGCUUGUGGCCCAUGCCCUAGAAUUCAUCAACAGCGAGCUAUCCGCCGAGAAGUCGUCCGCUGAGACCCUCACAUGGGAAGCUGCCGAAAUCGAGACCCAAUUCUUCGAGCCGACCGCCGACGAUAGCUUCAUUGCACACCUGUGCGCGAACAAGGCCGUGCGACAAGGCCUCAAGAGAUUUGGCUUCGGGCAGUCGGCCUACGUCAUCACGGGCCUCAAGAUCGCCCUCAACCCAGGCCCUGUCAGCUGCCGCGUGGACAACGGAGCCGGCGUGUCAGCGCAGUUGGCAGCUGUUGUUGACCCCAUAGGCGCCGUCCAGGCCGGGUUCCAGGCAAGUUCGACUCGAGCAGCCGGCGUGGCGGUUGAGGGCAAGGCCACUCAUAGCUACGUGUUUGCGUACCAGCUUCGCAAAAUCAACGUCAAUCCCGUGACCGGUAAAGCUGCUAUUGGCGCACAGAAGAAGGGAGGUGACUUGUACGGGAUUGAAGAUGACGCCGGCUCCGGUAGUGACCUGGAUUCGGAUGAAGACCUUGACAGCUCGGGCGAUGAUGGAGACGAGGAAGCGGCGAGUACGGCAUCUCUGGACCUCGCCAAGGGCAUCUCGCUUGACAGUGAAGACUAUGGAGCUAAAUUACCGGGGGCAGUGUUUGUGAGGGACGAGGUUGACGUCGGUGACGAGGACAAAUAUUAUCUUGUCAGCGCAAAGUAAUGGAUAUUCGAGAUUCCGGGCUGGAAAAAUAGCUCGUUUGACUGGCAUGGGCUUUGAUGUGAUGGAAUUGGUUUUCUAU